CACUUUCAAAAAAGAUGGCCAGAACCAAAGAAGGCAAAGAGAUGUCAAAGAAAAGCAUCGCUAAAACCUCAGGGAAAAAAAUGAAAUCCAAAAGAAAGGAAAGAAAACCACAUAGGUUCCGACCUGGAACAGUUGCUUUGAAGGAAAUCAGGAAAUUCCAAGAGAGCUCUCGUUUAUUAAUAAGGAAGAUUCCUUUUUAGAGAUUAAUAAGAGAGAUAGCAGGAGUGAAUGAAAAAGAAAUGAGAUUCCAAAGUAGCGCCAUAUUUGCCUUAUAAGAGGCAACGGAAGCAUUUAUAGUUAACCUCUUAGAAGACAGCGUUCUUUAUAUCAAUUUAGCAAGAAGAAUUAGAGGAGAUGAAUUUUGA